UACUCCGACUCUCCCAAAUUUCGUUUCCUUCUUCUGCACCCGGCGCCGUUUCUGAGGUUUCUGUUUUACCUUGCGACAAUGGUGAGGGUUAGUGUCUUGAAUGAUGCUCUCAAGAGCAUGUACAAUGCUGAGAAGCGAGGGAAGCGCCAGGUCAUGAUUAGGCCAUCAUCAAAAGUGAUUAUUAAGUUCCUUUUGGUGAUGCAGAAGCAUGGGUACAUUGGCGAGUUUGAGUAUGUUGAUGACCACAGGGCUGGAAAAAUUGUGGUUGAAUUAAAUGGACGACUGAAUAAAUGUGGGGUUAUCAGUCCCCGUUUUGAUGUUGGUGUCAAAGAGAUUGAAAGCUGGACUGCUAGGCUUCUCCCUUCAAGACAGUUUGGGUACAUUGUGUUGACUACCUCUGCCGGCAUCAUGGAUCAUGAAGAGGCAAGGAGAAAGAAUGCUGGUGGUAAAGUGCUGGGUUUCUUUUACUAGGCUAGUUUAUUUUUGCAAAUUGCACUUAUUUCAGUUUUUAAGACUCACAUGCUAAAUGGAAGAUAUGCUAGUCCUGUGUUAAUGCCAAGUAUAUCAUAGCAGGAGCUAUUUUUCUUAUGUGCUUUUGGUUUUGUUUAAACAGAACAAUUUUGCUGCUUUAUUUAAUCAGAUUUUAUUAUAUUAUUAAGGCUUA